AAGCACAAUCCGCAGUCUCACUCUCCUCCUCGUCCGUCUCCUUUCCUGCUCUUUUUCCCACCACUUCCCCGUCUCUCUUGCUCUUUCUGCAUCUCAUCCACCUCCCCUCCUCCACACUCCUUCUGUUUUCAUUCAAGUUGUUUUCCCGUGUCGUUCUUGCUCGCACGGUUCUGUCUUUCUCUUUUCCUCCGUUGUCGCUGCUGCUGCUGCUCUGGCAGCCUCACCCUACAUCCCUCCCAUCCAACCAAAACCACCGCCUCCCUCCUCUUCCUCCUCCUUCUCCUUUUGGAGAUCUUAAAAGCUGCUCUGCACACGCUUCCACAUAGCAUAACACACGCCUCUCCUUGCGUGGGUAAAACAUGUCAACUGUCCUGGACCUGGAGCAGAUUUCAUAUGCUGGGAAUGAUGCGGAGCAUGAUGUUGAGACUCCACACGGUGUUCUCCAUGUGACGAUGAGAGGCGUUCCCAAGGGCAACAGACCCGUCAUCCUCACCUAUCACGACAUCGGGCUCAACCACAAGUCUUGCUUCAACACCCUGUUCAACUACGAGGACAUGCAGGAGAUCACCCAGCACUUUGCUGUGGUCCAUGUGGAUGCACCCGGCCAGCAGGAGGGUGCGCCUCCCUUCCCCAGUGGAUACCAUUACCCUACCAUGGACGAGCUGGCUGAAAUGCUGCCUUCUGUGAUGACUCAGCUGAAGGUCAACAGUGUGAUCGGCAUCGGUGUAGGAGCAGGAGCUUACGUCCUCACCCGCUUUGCACUGAACAACCCCAGCCUUGUUGAAGGACUGGUUCUGAUCAACGUCGACCCGUGUGCAGAAGGAUGGAUUGAUUGGGCAGCUUCGAAGCUGUCUGGAUGGACCAGUAACUUGGUGGAUAUCGUCAUGGCUCACCACUUCAGCACUGAUGAGCUGACAGAAAACCAGGAGCUGAUCCAGACCUACCGCCUGCACAUUGCCCAAGACAUCAACCAGGACAACCUGGCCCUGUUUUGUGGCUCCUACCAGUACCGCCGAGACCUUGAGAUUGAGAGGCCCAUCGUGGGGUUGAAUGAGGAUACAGUGAACACACUAACAUGCCCUGCGUUACUGGUGGUUGGUGACACAUCACCUGCUGUUGAGGCUGUGGUGGAGUGCAAUUCCAGGUUAAAUCCCACCAAGACCACGCUGCUAAAGAUGGCUGAUUGUGGAGGCUUGCCACAAGUCGUGCAGCCAGGGAAGCUUGCUGAAGCAUUCAAGUACUUUGUUCAGGGCAUGGGAUAUAUUCCCUAUGUUCUCCUCAGUCACCUGAGCAACGAAUCAGUGCCGUCAGCAGGAAUGACUCGCCUGGCUCGCUCACGCACCACCUCCUCCUCCAGCAUCGCCUCCAUGGAGAGCAGCCGCAGCCGCAACAACAUCAGCAGCCUGCUGGAGGGCAACGGCGCCGCCGGGACCCUGGACAGCCAGGUGACACCCCAGACCAUGGAGGUGUCUUGUUAAACCCCACCUCACCUCUGUGCACACUCCCAUAGUAAUUUAUAUGUCCCCUCUCUCCGCCAUCUCUUUUUCUCUCUCAUCCUGCUCCCAAGCAACUCAACGCCAGGGGAGUGUGUGUGAUUAGAAAGGAGGAUCUAAUAAUAUAUUAACAGAUGCAUAUUAGAGGAUAUGUUAUACAUAUAUAUUGUCAAAGUCAAAAUACUAACAUGAACCAUGAGUCCAUUCAGAUGUUGGAUAUUUAAAUGUUUAAACCAUGGGAUUGAGUCAGCUAUUUAACCUUGUAUUUAUUUUGUCUUUGUUUUAAAACUCUUCACACAUUGUAGAAAUACUUUUUUUUUAAUUCCUAACACGGAUUUUCCACAAAUUGUGAGUCACUGAGUUUCUGUUUUUAAACCUACUGUAAUGCAUAUAAGUCACAAAGUACACAAGUGUUCAUAAACCGCACAGAUGCUUGUUGGUAUACGGUGGCGCUCUGAAGUGUGCACAGCCCUGUUAAAAAAGAAGGUAUUAGUGAUGUAAAAUAAUGAGACCCUGAUCAAUCAUUUUAAUGUUGUUUCUACAUAUAAUGUGACAUUUACCCUGUACGAUUAUAAAGAAAAACAAAUCUUUUCUUUAAUUUAGUCUUCUUGCCAUCCAUUGUACCAAACCUGAGCAUAUCCUAUGUUGAAGCUAUAGUUUGGAACCUGGUUACAAAGGUUUUAAAGUGUCUCAUUGUACAAAGGUAGCAGUCAGGACAAGGGUGCAAAUAGUUCCAUAGCAUUAUUUAGAUGCCAUGGCAGAGUGAAGCAAGUCAUAAAUAACUGGAGUGACAAUCAGCGGUCAGGAAGGGUAGCAGAAGGUCAAAAGUACAUUUCUAACUGGGGCCUCUUGUGUUCCCUAUAGAUCUAGACCUAGGAGUAGGAUUGUGAGACAGAAGCUGGCUGAAACCUUUCAAAACAAAAUUGGACAAUAUGUGAUGGUCAGAUGGAACUAACCUGGUUCAUGAUUUGAAAAAGUUUGUUUAGCACCAAACCAACACUGCAUUUCACCAUAGAACACUUUGUCCAUAGUGAAAGUUGGUGUUGGCAGCGUUAUACUCUUUCCUGCUGCUGGGAGUGAAGUUUUUAUCAAAGUGGAUGAAAUUAUGAAGAGUUCCGAAUGCCGGUCAGUUUUGACUGAAAACUGUUAGGUGCCUGUUGGAAAGCUGAAGAUGAAGAGGAAUUUUAUUUUUAGUGUCACUGGUCCAAGCAUAUUUCUAAAUCCACGUCACCGUCCAGAACUGAAUCUGACAGAAAAUCUGUGGACUCACCUGAAAAGGACUGUGGACAAAACCUGAUAGAUUUGGAAGCCUUUUCCAAGCCAGGGAGUGGGGGCGAAUGCUGCCAGAUCAAGACGAGGGAAACUGAGACUGAAUGCCGAAAUUAAAUCAAAGCCUGCUUUUACGAUGUUUUACUACAAGAGUGAGCAUACUUAUUCAACCAGGUUAUUGCAGCUUUUUUAAAUUUCCUUCUUACUGAUUUAUUGGUUUUCAGUUAAAUUGUACAGGAUAAAAGACGGAAAAAAAUUGAAAGAAUUUAUCUUGUUUAGUUUUCAUUAUUUUACAUCACAAAAAUCUAGCGUGUAACAGACACACUUUUUAGAGCCACUGCAGCAGCGGUGUCAAAUCUUGACAGCAGACUAAGUGAGACAGAUGAUACACCAACAGAUCGUUGCAACUUGUAGCACAAGUGAGAUCUUUCUAGAAAGCUGCUUUUGAACGUCACCCGUUCAGCUAAGAUUUCUCUUUGUGAUCGAACUCACCAACUUUGUGUUUUUUUGUUUUUUCUUCUACACUGUGUUGAUGUUUGUGUUCAGCUGAAUGGAUUUUUCAGUGCUGCUUCACCAGCCUUUAACAAAUGUGUUAAGAGUCCUGUCACAUAGGGGCCAAGAACUGUCUGCUAAUUCAGCCCAUUUCUACUACUACUGAAUAAAGGUUCAAGACAA